AUGAGUGUUGAUACCAUUAAUGAUCUGAAUAACAGUAAUGAUGAUAUCACUAAUAACGGAUUAAACGAGGUUCUGCAAAUACGAACUCUUGAUGAUUUAAUUUCUAAACACAAAUCAGAGAAAAAAGAUUUACAAGGUAAGAUCACAGGUUUGAAAAAGCAGAUCAACAAAAAAAAUAAGAAGCAAAUUCAACAUGAUAUCCAACAAUUGGAAGCUGAUCUUGAUUAUCAACAAUCACAAGAAUUAGCUGAUUUUCAACAAUCUACCAAUGAUCGUCCAAGUGACGAAACUCAUGUUGAAAAUAAUAAUCAAUCAGAGAAAAUAAAUCAUAUUUCAGAUACAACUGAAAUUGACGAAAAAUUAUCGGAUUUAUCCAUUGGACCUAAGAAGAAACGUAAUAGACAAAAGGAAAGGUUAGCAAAGAGAAAUGCUAAAAUCCAACAAAUGAAAGAUGAUGCACUUGAUGAGUCUAAGGAUAUGGUGGAUUAUAGGUCAAUUGAAAUUAAUACCAUGAAUGAAUUACUUAAAUUGAAUAAAUUGAAAGUAUUUGAAGUCAAUGCCGAUGGAAAUUGUUUGUUUAAUUCGAUAAGGGAUCAAUUGGCUUUAAAGCAUGAAUUGAAUUUAACUAUUGAAGAAUUAAGAAUCAAAGCCUCCGCUUACAUUCUUGCCCAUCCCGAUGACUUCAUUCCGUUCUUAAUGGAAAAGGAUGAAAUAAUAGAUAUUGAAGAAUAUUGUAAAAAAUUGUCCACCACUACUAUGUGGGGCUCCGACAUUGAGAUUUUGGCCUUUAGUAAGAUUUUUGAUUGCCCCAUUGAAGUUUACUUGGUGGGGGCCAAUAAAUUAAUGUUUAACGAUGAAGGAAUUGAACUGGUCUUGAAGAUUGCUUUUUAUAAACAUAGUUUUGGUCUAGGAGAACAUUAUAAUAGUUUAAGAGAUGUAAAUUAA